UGCUGUUUCAAUAGUAGACAAGCAUGCUUUGUUUCACCUUACAAUUGUUUUAAUCUAAAGUUUCAGGAUUGAAAAGUGAAUUUGCGUGCCCUAAAAAUUGAAGUUUUUGUUCCUGAAUAUCGCUUGAUCGCGUAUGCGAUAGUGUUGGGGUUUUUUCGGCCAUGAGUUUGGCAGCUGAGUCUCCUGUUCACUCAUCAAGUAGUGAUGAUUUUGCCUCAUUGCUUGAGACUGAUUUGCUAUCAAAUUCUUCUGGUGAAUCACCUGAGAGAGAUGAAGAUAUUUUGGAUGAGAUUACUUCAGAAUCUGUCUCUGAGAGAUCAGCGGUUUGGGAUAGUACGGACUAUGAGGAAAUUGAACUAGAGAGAAUAAAAAGGCCAAAAAUAUGUGAAGAUGAAGAAAUAAAGGAAUCGCAGUCAUCAAAUGCCAACCAGGGUGAAUUAGAUAAUUUCAAGGAAUCUACUAGUGAGAAAGUUUGCCCUCCUCAUCCAGGAUUUUAUAAAGACAUGUGUAUUCGGUGUGGUGAACAAAAGGAUGAUGAAACUGUGGCUAGAAAGGAAACUGCGGUUGCAUUCAAUUACAUACAUAAGGAUCUAAAACUUGGUGCUGAGGAAGUUGCACGCUUACGGGCAACUGAUUUAAAAAACCUUUAUCGUAGACGGAAACUUUACCUAGUUUUGGAUUUGGAUCAUACUUUACUCAAUUCAACUCGGCUUGUGGAUGUCUCACCUGAGGAAGAAGCCUAUCUCAAUGCAACAUAUUUGAAUAAAGAAACAAGCUCAUCUAAUGGUGAUACUAGUGGCACUCUAUUCAAAUUGGAGCCCUUGCACAUGCUCACAAAGCUGCGGCCGUUUGUCCGUACGUUUUUGAAGGAAGCAAAUACUAUGUUUGAGAUGUAUGUCUAUACCAUGGGAGAGCGUGCAUAUGCCUUGGAAAUGGCCAAACUUCUUGAUCCUAGUGGAGUGUACUUUGGUUCUAGAGUUAUUUCACAGGGUGACAGUACUGUGAGGCAUCAAAAGGGCCUUGAUGUUGUAUUGGGAUCAGAAUGUGCUGUAGUGAUUCUUGACGACACAGAACAUGUGUGGCACAAGCAUAAAGAAAACCUGGUUUUGAUGGAGAGAUACCAUUUUUUCUCUUCUAGUUGUCGACAGUUUAACGUUCAUUACAAGUCCUUGUCUGAAUUGAAGAGAGAUGAAAGCGAAUCAGAUGGCAUGCUAGCCAGUAUUCUUAACGUUCUCAAGCAUAUACACCAGAUGUUCUAUUACCAGGAGGUUGAAACUGAUUUCAACGGAAGUGAUGUAAGAAAGGUGUUGAAAACCAUUCAGUCAGAGGUUCUCAAGGGAUGCAGGCUGGUGUUCAGUCGAAUUUUCCCAACCAAUUACCCGGUUGAGAACCAAACAUUAUGGAGGAUAGCAGAACAACUUGGAGCAUCAUGCUCCAAAGAGCUCGAUGAAGCAGUAACUCAUGUGGUUUCGCUCGAUUUAGGGACUGAGAAGGCUCGUUGGGCUAUACAGCGAAAGAAGCAUUUGGUCAAUCCAGGAUGGCUAGAAGCUACCAAUUAUUUUUGGAAACGCCAACCUGAAGACCAAUUCCCAAUUCCAUCAAAGAAUGGAGGAGGAUCUUAAUUCAUGUUUUUUUCUUUAAUAAUUUUUUUUGGGAUGAAAUGUGAUUGACCCAUGUUACACAAUCUUUUUGUAAACUGAUUGUGCCUUAGUAAGGGUAAUGUAGGAAUUUUGAAGAGGUAUGGUUUAUGUGGGAAUGUGUAACCCUUUUGGGGUUUUCUUGGGUUUCAUAAAUUUUGUUUGCUGGGGGGAUGUGGUGCUUUGAGAUGAUGGGAAUGUGUAAGCAUGAGGGGGUAAUGGAAACAAAAGUGGGGAUGUUGGAUCACAUCAGUUUGUAAGGGCAAAAGUAUUGCUUGAUGAUGCAUACACCCGCACAUUAGGAUGUGAAAUUGUUCUCCUCCUCUCUCUCUCUCUGUAUGUGUGUGCGCGCUUGCGCAUGUGCGUGAACAUGCACAUUUGGAUACCUUAGAAUCUCUAUUUCAAUUGCA